AAUUCACAGUGGUUAUAAUAAAAUAACAAAACCACCCAGCACGAAUGCAGAUUAACGAGUAUAAACACCAUAAUCUCUUCUUGUUGUUGGCGUGCAAUUUAGUUUUCAUGACAUUUUUAUUAUGCUCAAAGAGACAAGCGUUUUUGUUUGCUGGAUAAUGUAGGUCACCUCCAUCCUGCCGGUAUGUCACAUGAUGACUGACAUACUGUGUAGCAAUGCAACAGACAUAAGAAGCUUUUGAGGGGGGCCAUGAAUGCAUUUCUCCUGUGGUUGUGCUCUCGGUUUAUUUAAGGUUUGUAUGAUUUUGUGAGGCAAGGGGGUGGGGAUGCAAAACAGUGACGGUUUAAUCUAGAGCAGAAGAUAACUCUGUGUAAUCUGCCAGAUCCACCUACUCAGAUAUUAGAGGAACCUGUAGAAUAGCAAGGUAAAUUCCUAAUAUAUGUGCUUUGUUUUGUUUUGUUGUUGGCGUGCUGAAAGUCUUACAUAACACACAUCGUUUAGGUCAAAAAUAGCACUUUGCCUUUACAUUAUCCCUCAGAGGAAUGAAGAACUCCUACAUACUCUGCGGGACCAUGUUCCGACAUCAUCUGUUGAUCCAAAAAUGGGUUACAUUCAGUACAAGAGUGUAAUUAUAGAUGAAUUUCUGUACAAGGAGCGGCGAUACUGAAGGGACAGUAGAUAGCUCGUCCACGCAGAGUUGCUCUCCCCUCAGCCUCAACACUCUCAGUGACCUUCCUGUGUUUGUAUACGAGGGAUUAGGGCUGUGGGUUGGGCCCGUGGUCUUCCCGGGCUAUUUUUGUGAAGAUGUCUGCCUCUCUGAUCCUUGUGGAAAACUGAUAUGAACACAUGUUCCAAGAAUGUAAUUAGACACCUACGCCUGAACUUGAAAGCACACAAUGCGCUUUUGUUUCUGCUGCCGUUAGAAAGAUGGUUUUCGAAGUGUAUUUUUCUGCCCCUCCACUACGUAUGGACUGAACAUCUAGAGCGUUGCAGCUUCCUGCUUCUAAAGUGAUGCCAAGGUGCUCUCAAUAGCCACUGAGAGGUCCUGGCAGUAUAGUAGAGUACCUGGCAUCAACAAAGCUGCUGGCACAUACCUCUCAUCAGCCAUCUGCAACUGCUUCUGUGUGUACAAGCCAUUGACAAAGGCCACAAGUGUGUCCAGAUACGUCACAGCAUCCAAACGGCCGACUAUCUGCUUUGGCACCAAUGUCCAAAAUGAUACUGCAAUUUUGGGAUAAAGCGGCGAUGAUGAAUUCAGUCCAAAGGCUUAGCGAUCUGUGCACCAUCAGCUCCCUUAAAAGGUGCAGAAUGACGCAGUGGAGUAUAACCAUUCUCCCCAGAGAUUACCACUAAUAAGAGGGCCCGUAUUUAUAGAAGAUCCCCCCCAGUGGAUACCCCAUAAUCCUGCCUGACCCCUUUUCAUCCCUGCUCCAUCCAUGCGCCUGGACCACUCAGUCUCUGCAGUCCCUGGCUUCAGCUUCAUCUCCGUCCCACAUCAACAGAGCUAAGAAAAGCAAACAACAAUGUCCGGCAGCCAACGUUUCGACUGCCAUUACUGCAAAGACUCCCUGCUGGGGAAGAAGUACAUAAUGAAAGAGGACACGCAGUACUGCACUAAGUGCUAUGAGAACCUGUUUUCUAACUGCUGUGAUGGGUGCACUUUACCAAUUGGUUCUAACUGCAAGGACCUGUCCUACAAGGAUCGCCACUGGCACGAGCAGUGCUUCAAGUGUGCAAGGUGCAGCCGCUCUCUGGUGGAGAAGGCCUUUGCUGCCAAGGAUGAUUUGCUGCUCUGCACCGAGUGCCAUGCCAAUGAUUACUCCUCCAAGUGCAACACCUGCAAGAAAACCAUCAUGCCAGGUUCCCGCAAAAUGGAAUACAAGGGGAACAGCUGGCAUGAGACCUGCUUCCUGUGCCACCGCUGCCAGCAGCCAAUAGGAACCAAGUCCUUCAUCCCCAAAGACACCGGCUACUUCUGUGUGCCCUGCUUCGAGAAGCAGUUCGCAUACCAGUGCUGUGCUUGUAAGAAGGCCAUCACAACAGGUGGCGUGACCUAUCAAGAUAAGCCAUGGCACCGUGAAUGUUUCCUAUGCAUUGGCUGCAAAAGGCAGCUGUCGGGUCAGCGUUUCACUUCCAGGGAAAACUACCCCUACUGCCUUGACUGUUUCAGCAAUUUGUAUGCAAAGAAGUGCGUUGGCUGCACCAAGCCUAUCACUAGUCUGGCUGGGGCCAAGUACAUUUCCUUUGAGGAGCGCCACUGGCACAGUGAGUGUUUCAGCUGCAUGGAGUGCGCCGUGUCACUGGUGGGACGCGGCUUCCUCACCCAGCGAGACAACAUUUUGUGCACCGACUGCGGGAGGGAGAAGUGAAGUUCACAGCUCUGAACAAGCGUCAGUCACAGCUCAUAGUCAGAUAUUAUCAAUGCAGGAAUAUUUCCUGUUUGUGCGGCUGAUCUGAAAUGUAACAAAAACUAUUUGCAGAGAGAUAUACACAUAGUUUUUCUGUAAAGAUUUAUGCACUUUUGAUAAGAAUAAAACAAUGUUUGGUGCUGAAAAUGAUUCCUAUCCAAAAUACAGAACAUUUCAAUGCAUGAUUUUUGGUUCUCUUGUGUUUUAUGGUAGAUUGUUCAAAUAAAGAUGUUUAGCCUGG